AUGGAUAAGGGGUCAUUUGACGCGGGCUCAGCACCCCAGGUUCUAGGUACAGAGGCUUCGACUGCUGAGUUGUCAGCGGCCCCGUCGCAUGGCGUAGCAUCUGAGACCAGUACUCGCCAGUCGAAACGUGCUAAAUGUCGUUUCUUCAAAUCCAAAAAGGGAUGCCGGCUUGGAUCAUCAUGUCCAUACCUCCAUGAUGCCUCGGCUCUGGAGUCUAAUCGGUCUCCUUCCGAGCAGCAGACACCUACUGAACCUUUGCAUGGUGAUACCCAAACUCCAGUACAGGAAAUGGUCGCCGGGGCCCAGAAGCUCACCAUGGGUGGCAACCAGCCGAAGAGCACUGCUACUUCGGGGCCAGCCCAGCCCAAAAGACCGGUUUCUAAACUAGAGCAAUCGGACCCCAGAGAAUUCCAGAUCAAUCAAUUGAGGCGGCGUUACCAACCACAGGAGACCAAUGACGACCAAGGUUCUAUCUUGACCUUUGGAUUGGCUCCCUCGGAUCCUGACUUCCCAUUCGAGCUGGAGAAACUUCAAUGUGUUCUUCGUGUUCCGAAGUCAUAUCCCAAUGAGCGUCCUACACUUACGGUGACCAAUGCUGAAAUGCAAGCUGCGUAUCAAGCCAACGUCGCCCGAGGGUUUGACGAUAUUGUCAAUUUUACGAUCCGAACUAAUAACCGCGGAACUUUGUUGACGUGGCUGAAUAGCUUGGACAAGCAGCUUGAGAAGCUACUCACUACCUUGGAGCGUGGACCAACCCUGAAGUUCUUCUCGAAUGUCGGUGAUGCCACUGCUCCUAAGGAGCCAUCAAAAGUUGCAGAAAAAGCUCCAAGCCCGAGCUCAUCUCAGACUCACGCAAAGCCAUCGACUACUCGAGCAACAAGGCCAACUGUGGCUCCACAAGCCCAGCGACCAGCUCCCAAACACUCAGUUGAGGCGAAAGCCACCGCCGAGAAAAGGCGAGCACUCGAAGUAAAACAACUCGAGGCACGCCUUGGGAGGAUACCCAUGUUCCAAAAGAUGCAAGAUGGGAGAACAUUUAUCAUUCCAGUCCAACCAGCCAAAAAGGACCGCCUUCCCAGAGCACUUCAGGCACUGAAGACAGUGAAGCUGAUUGUUCCAAAUUUCUACCCACUUGAACCCAGCUCGAUUAAACUGCAAGGAGUCGAUGGUCCCGAGGCGAAAGCCACAGAGGCAGGAUUCUUGCAGUGGGUGGAACAAACAUCGCAGCUGAAUCUGGUGUCCCAAAUCAAUUACUUGGCAAGCAAUAUGCACAAGUUUGCUGAGACGCCUCUGCCAGAAGAGAAAGAAAUCAGUGAAGAUAUUGUUGCAAAGGCCGAAGAAGAAGAAGAAGAAGUAGAAGAGCAAGAAGUAGAAGAGUCCACCGAAGCUCCAACCCAAGAUUCAGAAGAUCGACCCCAUCUCCAUGUCAUUCCUCGGCCACCAGAGUGGUCAGUUCCAGAUCCUCACAGUGGCGCCGAGGAUACAACAGAGGAAUCUAGCUACGACGAAGACGAGCAUUCGGAAGAUGAAGAGGAUGAGGAAGGAGGCGCUCCUGUACCGCCAUCGGUGGAUACCAGCACACCUGGCCGAGGCGUUGCACUGUCUUUCCCAUUCUUGGAGCUUUAUGGCAUCGAGUUAUUGGAGCUUUCUGCUCUCAAUAUUACCGUUAAGUGUGAUCGAUGCAAAACUGCCGUUGAUAUCAAGAAUGUGCCCCAGGUUAGCGACGAGAAGGGUGCGAUUCCAAAAAUGGAGUCUUGCAGGAAGUGUGCUAAUAACAUGAGCGUUGCAUUCCGGAGGCAGUUGAUGCACACUCAUGCUAAUCGCGCCGGCUAUUUGGAUAUGGAUGGCUGUACCAUUGGCGAUAUGCUUCUGAGUAACUUCAUCCCCACAUGUGCCGAAUGCUCAACCCCUCAUCCAGCACCUGGUAUAUCCGCCGUUCGCGGAGAAAGUGCUACGGCUAGUUGCCGUGAUUGCCAUCGCAAAAUGGUCUUCAAGAUCCCCGAAGUGAAGUUUUUGCUUGUGGGAAGCGCAGCCAUCUCUGGCCGCGGUGGUCUCCCUUUGAAGCGAAAGCCCAAGGAAGUCCUCGGCAUUGUUGCAGGUCAAGAACUCCCUAGGCGCGGCCGUUGCCAACACUACGCGAAAAGUCAACGUUGGUUCAGAUUCAGUUGCUGUGCAAAGGUUUUCCCAUGUGAUAAAUGCCACGACGCAGAAACCGACCAUCCGAAUGAACACGCAAACCGCAUGAUCUGUGGCUACUGUUCGCGAGAACAAGUCUACAGACCAGAGAAUUGUGGAAUCUGCAAAGCUAUUCUCAUUGGAAAGGCUGGAAGUGGAUUCUGGGAAGGCGGAAAGGGAACAAGAAAUCGGGCUCUGAUGAGUCGGAAAGAUCCGAGGAAGUUUAAGAGAAUCGGUGGGAAUGCUCCUACCUCGAGUGCGUCGAAGAGAAAGUAG